AUGGCACAAAAGAAUGUGGUCGUCGUUGGUGCCGGAGUAGCUGGGUUGACCACGGCGCUCCUUUUGUCGAGAAAGCCAGGAUAUAAAAUUGUGGUAGCAGCGAAGCACAUGCCCGGCGACUACGAUAUCGAAUAUGCUUCACCCUGGGCUGGAGCGAACUAUAUGCCUGUUUCUGUUCGUGGUACCGAUGCUGCAGAAUGGGAUAAAGCAACUUGGGGACCUCUAGAGGAUCUGGCGCGGAAUCACCCUGACGCUGGGGUGCAUUUCCAAGAAUGCGAGAUCUACAGUCGCAAGAAAGAUCUCGGCACGGCGACUGCAACCUGGUUUGCAGAACUGCUUUCUCCGAAUCCGUGGUUCAAGGAUGUGGUGCCUAGUUUCCGAGUCCUCCCCAAGGAAUCUCUUCCUUCCGGGGUCGAUAGUGGGACAGUGUUCACUUCGGUGUGCAUCAACACAGCGAUAUAUUUGCCAUGGCUGGUCUCGCAGUGCCUCAAGAACGGAGUGGUCUUCAAACGAGCAGUCUUCAAACACAUCUCACAUGCAGCUUUGCCGGAUGUUCAUCCAUCCAAGAAAGUCGACCUCGUCGUCAACUGUACAGGCCUGAUGGCGUGCAGAUUGGGCGGCGUCGAGGACAAAUCUGUGGUGCCGGCUCGGGGACAGAUCGUCGUCGUACGCAAUGACGCCGGCAAAAUGGUUGACGUUUCCGGUACCGAUGACGGAGAGGAUGAAGCUGGGUAUAUGAUGACUCGUGCGGCUGGAGGAGGAACCAUCCUUGGUGGAUGCUAUCAGAAGGGCAACUGGGAUUCCCAGGUUGACCCAAGUCUUGCUGUGCGGAUCAUGAAGCGAGCAGUCCAGUUGAAUCCUGCCUUAACUGGAGGUAAAGGUAUCGAACACCUCGAUAUUGUGAGGCAUGGGGUAGGAUUAAGACCCGUGAGAGAGGGAGGUACAAGGAUCGAAAAGGAGAAGAUUGGUGGCACUUGGGUCGUGCAUAACUACGGCGCCGGAGGAGCAGGAUACCAAUCGUCUUAUGGAUGUGCUGAGGCGGCGGUGAAGCUGGUUGAAGAGGCCUUGCAGCCCCGACCACGGCUGUAG